GCCUGGAAGGUGAAAAAGGCAGUAGUGUCCGUGGUCAUCGGAGCACUCGGGGUAGUAACCCCAACUCUGGAGAAGUGGCUCCAACAGAUACCUAGAGAAAUAUCAGACUUCUCAGUCCCAGAAGAGCACAAUCUUAGGAACAGCUAAGAUCAUAAGAAGAAUCCUCGAGCUCCCAGGCCUCUGGUAGAAGACCUGAGCUUGAGAAAUGGAGAGCCACCCACCUGCUCAGGAGUAUAAGGGGUGGGUAUAUAUAUGUGCUGCUUAAUAUAUCAGGAAGCAUAUUCAGCAGCUUUAUUGUAUAACACAAAUGUGCUCCUAGUUUAUGUCUCCAAGUCCAGCGAGCUUCAAAUGGAUACUCUUUAUCUUUUUGUCUUAAGUCUCUCUUCUUUAUUAUUUUUUUUUCAGCUAAAUCCCUGGAGGCUCUUUGCGCAGAUAUGCCCUGCUGCCUGCACUUUGAAGUAGACUUGCUUGUAUCAGCUUUUCUUUGACAGAAACUCUAAAUUGAUUGUGUAUGCAUCCUCCAGACAGGAAGCCUCUCUCCCCUUUCUCUCUCCCUCAUCUGUAGGCUGCUGCAGAGAGUCAUUUUCUCCAGCCUCUCCCUCUCGUCGCUGCUGCACUGUCUCUCCGUGCCUUAGUUUCUGACCUUCCACAGGAACCAUGCAAGCUAUUGUUGCCAGGUCAUAUUUGGCUCCAAUCAAGGAUGAAGAAGCUGAAUCUCAGAGGAAGGCAAAGUCUCGUCACGCCCGGCAAACUCGCAGGUCAACGCAGGGCGUGACUCUCACAGACCUGAAAGAGGCUCAGCUGAGCUACAGCCUGUCUCAUCAAGACAGAGAGAAGGAGGAAGAAAGCACUCAAGGAAACAGGCUGUGUCUGAGACGAGGCUUUGCAGAUGUCACAGGAGAUCAGAGUGGCCCGACUGAGUCCAAAGACACAUCUGACUUCACUCUAAAAUGGAGCCAAAUUGACAAGGAGGGGAACAUUGAGAGUCGGUUAGAGACUGAUGCAGAGUCUCCAAAUAUGUCAAAUUUGUCUGCGUCUGGAUACCAUUGUUUCCCUCAAAGCAACAACUUCUUCAGAGUUGGUGAGAGAACGAGGAGAGACGAAAAUCAGAAUCCAGUUGAAGAUGCAGCACAGCUCACAGUUUCUACAAAACUCCAGCAAAGAUACCACUACGGUGAUGCUGAGGGCACAGAGCAUGAAAGACUGUCGAGAUAUGACUCCACUGGUGAAAGCACCACAGACAAACCUCUGGGCCGCACCAGCUCUUACACAAGGAGAGAGACGAGGCUGGCAGCUCUAAAUAAACAGGAGCAAGACUCCACUGCCAAAGACUAUAAAAAGAUGUAUACAGAAGCUUUGCAAGAGAACGAAAAGCUGAAGUCCAGACUGCAGGACAGCAAGCAAGAGUUAGUCAAGAUUCGUUCCCAGCUGGAGAAAGUUGCUCAGAGGCAGGACAGAAUGUCAGAGCGAUCUACAGUUCUCGAAACAGAGAAAAGGGAAAAGAAAGCUCUGGAGAAAAGAGUCACAGAUAUGGAGGACGAAAUAAAGCAGGCCCCCACACUGCGCUUCCGCUGUGGGUACCAGCCCUGAGAGGGGGCUUUCUCAGGGAGGGGGGAUGGUGAGUGCUCGCCCUGAUGCUGAUGAGUGAUUAAACCCCCCCCCCCCAUCACUUCACAUGUUCUGGUUUGCCAAAGGCUGGGGCAUGCACACACACUUGGACGUGUUAUCCUGUUUACUGUACCAGUACUUCACGGUUUGAGUCACAACUUUUGCUGUGAAACACUUCAAGGGACCACAGUAGUUUGCACCUCUGUCACACCUAUUUGUUCACACUGAGCAAGCUGUAAGAUCUCAGACACAAAGCGAAACUGCUUAGCUAUAAUUUGCAGCGUAGAAAUGACCUUAAAAGUAACAACUCCAAUCUGUUUAUAGAGGUGUAACACCGCAAGUCAGAGUGAUAUUUUUUUUAGCAAUUAUUUUCAUGAUUAUGGCGCAUAGCUAAUCAAAAGUCGUAAUUCCUUAAAACUAAAUAAUAAUUUAAAAAUGGGGUUUUAGUAUGAAAUUUUGGCCCACUAAAAAGUAUGCAUGUAAUAGGCACAGUAUGUACCAGGGGUCACCAACCUGUUUGAAACUGAGAGCUACUACAUUGGUGUUGUGUCACACGAAAGGCCACCGGUACUGACCUUUGAGCUAGAGGAGUCAGAAUUCAUCUUAACUUUAUGUAAAAAAUGAAUAAAUUUUUCAUGCUUUAUUAUGGAUAUUGUCAUUUUAAAUCUACAUAAAUGCAAGUGUGUUUAAACAAGAAGAGUAGCGGUAUGAAAUAAGGUUUUAGAUGUAGCUCACUGGUGGGGUGUGCUUUUUUUAGAACCACAUGUGGUCCUCGGGGGCUACUUGGUGCCCGUGUGCACCAUGUUGUUGACCCCUGGUAUAUACACUCAGUCAUUCAUCGGGGCUCUUUUUGGAUGAAUUACUGCAUCCACAUAUUGAUCAACUUUAAAGGAAGCAAAACACUUGUGUACAGAAAUUAACACUCUCAGACAGUCCAGACAGAAUGAUUUUGGUUGAGCAAUGACAUUAUAUUACAUGGUUGCAUUGGAUGCAUUUCCAUCUUGGCCACGAACUGCAGCUAGGAGGCGUUCAGCCUGUGCUGGUACACAGAUGCGUGUUUUAACUCAUCUGCAUUGCUGGCUCUCAUUUCUCUCUUAGAAUCUGUAGAGAAUUUAGGUCAGGGAAGUUUGCUUUCCAAUCAAGUUAAACAUUGGUCAAUUAACCAGGUGUUGGUACUUCUGGCGGUGCAGUUAGGGGGUAGUCCCUGUGCUGACUUUGGACUUGAUAGAACACAGUAGACCUGCUCCAGCAGAUGACAUGGUUACCCAUGCAGUUGCUGAAACUUUACACUGAACAUCAAGCAACCUUGAUUCUGUGCCUUUCCACUCUUCCCUCAGACUCAGGGACUAUGAUUUCCAAAUAAAAUCUAAGAUUUACUUUCAUCUGAAAAAGACCCAAUUUGAAUCACUAAGCAACAGUCUGGUCCUUUUAGGAAUUAUCUGGUUCAAGAGUGAUUUAACUCAAGGAAUGUGACAGCUGUAGGCCAAAACUGAAGAUAUCCCCAUUGCUUGUGUACCUUCUUCAACCACAGUCUUUUUGUCCUUUUACUUAACUUGAAAAAAAUAUGCUUAGAUAAGGAGCUCCAUCGAAAAGUCUCCUUCUUUAGCAAUGAACAUUUGUAGAUGAGCCUUCUUUUGGACAGUCUGCUUGGUCGACUGUCAAGUCAGCUGUCUUCCUUAUGAUAGUUUGGCCAUAAGAGAACAUUUCUCUUGUAUGGUUGGCCCAGCCAUGAGAAGAAAGAAGGACUUAACAACAACAAAAAAUAUAUAAUAUUCUCAUUUAUCUUAUAAGAAACUAUGUUUUUGAUUUUCAUGAGCUUUGAGCCACAAUCAUAGAAACAAACUAAAAUAUAUACUUAAAAUACAUCACUGUGUGUGGAAUAAGUGUAUGUAUAUGUCUCACUUUUUAAAAAUUAAUUACUCAAACAGCUUCUAUUCCAAAUUACUGAGAUGCACGUGUACGGAAAUGUGUUUUUGCUUCCGUAUAGGCAAAUGAAUUAGCUGCUUUAAUCUUGAUAUUAUUGAUGUUAACAUAUGUGUGCAGUUUAAAAUAUGUAUUAAACAACAAUCAUUAGCAUUAGUUUCUCCACCAAUGUCUAAAUUCCUGAGGCUGUUGCUCUUUCUUUCCAGGAUCACCGGCAAAGUUUCAUCUUCUGUAUGAUUUUCUUCUUUUUCUUUUAGUUUAGGAUUACACUUUCUAGCAGACACAUCAUCCUUGGCUCUACAAAUAAUUGCUUCUGUAUUUGACAGGCAUUAGUUUCAGCUAUUUCAUAUACAGUAUGUAACUCUCAUCAUUCCUACUUUUUAAAACAGAUUUGCUCUGUCUUUAACUUCUCACAGAAAAGUUUUUUUUUUUUUUUCUCAACAUAAUGAAAAGAAUCUACAGGACAUGAAAGGAUUGUUCUUGCUUACUCAGUAUCAAGGGUGUGAAUUCUAAAAGAAGGAAUAAGGGAUAGUGGUCAUUACAAAUUCUUACCUCACACUGGCCUUUUCUCCACUGUUGCCAAGGGCUUGGAAAGCUGGCCAAAAAAGCUGAAAUGUUUUGUUCUAAUGCCAGGAGAACGUUAUAGGCUUGAGCUGUUAAGCUCUUUAACAAGAUUGUUUCAAAUCACUUACAUGAGUCUGUUCAGCGUUAUUACAAAUAAAUGGAGCUUUAAUCUAAACAACAUUUUCUUUCCAUAUUCACAACCUGUUUCUGAGUGGCCUAUAUGGCGUUUUAGGCAACUUGUCUGAGGAUCAUAUUAUGAAAGGACCAAUCGAUAUCAGUUUGUCAGAGUGAGCGGUUCGGUUUUCCGUUGACUCCAUCUGUCUGAUCUGAGAGGUUUUCCCACAGAUGUAGUGUCAAACCUUAGAGUUUUUGUUUAAACCACAUUGAGGUUAACCUCAAGAAGUCAGGCCAAGAAUAAAGGGGGUAGUUUAUUACGCUGCUGGUUAGUUUUAUUCACUGAGCCCUUGUAUAAAGUCCUAAAGAGUGUGUGUAUUUUGCGAAUAUCUCCAAUUUGUAAAUAAUACAUGUCA